CGCACGCCGACCGCGUUAGGUGCGUGUCUUCAUUGCAGCGUGUGAGCGCGAUUCCCACAAGUAUCGACGGGCUGCUAAUGGGCUGGUCGUUGAAGAGACGUCAGUCUUACCUUGACCAAAAACGUACCAUAUAAGCCCAACGGCACCGCCUAAUUAGUUUCUGACUGUCAUCGGUGUCUUUUGGUCGGUCGACAAAGAGCGUUCGUUGGACGUGCUUGUCCUAGCACGUAACAACGUCUAGCCGACUGGAGCAGCAAUGCUACAUGUCAUACAUAGAUAGCUGAAGCGCGGUAUCAUCCGGCGAGGUACGGGGCUAUUUUGCAACGUAUGCAACCGAUUGGACCGGAAACGAGAAGCAGUUGGACUCGGGAAACGAGCGCGAACUUCACCCAUUCAACUCUCGGACGCACUGGCUCUGGGGACCUGUGGGGACAUCGUGUUGGUGUUGUGAUGGGGUGUGGGUGCUCGACGCACAAAAGGCGUGUCGCUGCUGCAAAAAAGGAGGACCAAGGAACCAGUGUGCAAACGGUCGGUACGUUCACCCCAACAACUCCAAAGGCAAGCCCUCACGCAAACAAACCCACUCCAGCACCAUCACCACCGAAGCAACAGCGUGAGUUCCUGAAGGGGAUGUCACCGUCGUCAUCCUUCGGGGGGGACACGUUGGGACCAUCCCCGGUGACUCCGGAAUCGGCGAAUGUGUUAGCCGCCACUGGCACACCGCCACCGACCGUAUCGCACGAAAAGGGGAGCGAUACUGCACCAGAAAGCGACGUUGCUGUAACGCUAGUGGGGGUGGCGUCUUCAAACAGUGAUCACCGAUUGGGUGAAGCUGAGACAGGCGCGAUCAAGGAUGAGACCGAGAAAGAAGAGGGACGCAUGUCGAGAAAGAGGUCUAUCAAGUUGGUAUCACAGCCUGGAGAGCCUCAGGUCCGGCUUCCAAGACUCUCCAACCAAGACAGCUUGCCGCAAAUAGUGCCGACAACCAGAGGUUCUGCCGAUCUUCUUGGCAUACUCAGCAGAGGAAACACGCUCGGGCCGGGUCUCGACACCGCUUUUCGGGAAGAUCCUACAUACAUUGUGGUCCCUACCGAGGCCGCCACCGCCGUUGCCGCCCACGAUAGCGGGGCCAUUAGCAGCAGCGACAAGCGCAGCGAGGAUAGGCCAACAGGAGUGAUUGAAAUCCCGGCGACACACAGGAAUGAUAACACGAUCAAUGAGGAGUUUGUCAUGACCCCCGUAACGCCGGAAGACACACUCGACAAAGGCGUCCUCGAAGAGCAAAGGCCUGUGAAGGAUAGAUGGCCAUGGAACAAUCGGGCAAGGGAAUCUCCUGAAACGACUAGGAGGGGGCACCACAACAACGACAAUGACGGACCUCCUCCUAGGCUAGAGGCACGGCCAGCUCUCGCAGCAGGGGCUCCUGGAGAGGUGAAUACAGCCACAGAUAGCUCCAACCACGGCGGGAGGAGGAGUCUUAGUGUGGUUGAUUUUCCCGGUGACGACCCCUGCAAUGAUCUUAGCGCUGGAGGUGGACUGCAUUCUUCGGAUGCUGGCGAGACGUGGGGAGCGACCAGCGGAGCUUUGUCACUGCUGGAUGCGGACGAAGAGGAUUUCAUGGAGACUUUGUUGAUGGAAAGUUGAAGGGGGACGAAGGAGGACGUGACGUCAUUAAGUGUUCUGUAAUGUUGCU